AUGAAAGUUGAACUUAGACCAAGCAAACAAGGAGGAUUGUACAGUCUGAAUCUCGGGUAGAACAAUGGUCCAUAUCUACCAAAGGACAUCAUGCUCACAAACUAAAAAUCUCUAAAGGUUAGAUCAUGUAACAGCUUAGCUCCUCCAAGGAGAUGAAGUCAGCAAAUCAGUAUCUCAAGUACUUACAAGAGCUGGAAUGGGCUAACUUUACGAACCUCCAGAUAUCUAUGAUGAGAAAUCGAAAUAAUUUGUUAAUUUGGAUGAAAAGUAUAAAACCAGAAUGAGUGCGAGUGAUAAUGUGGCUGCAAUGAGCACAUUGUACACUACAUCCAUCAAACAAUUACAAGACUCUUUAUAGGAAUACAAAGAUCUAAUUAAAAAAACUGAGGUAAUCAAAUGUUGGAAAUGAUAGGAAGAACUCAAAAACAUGAAUGAAAAAAUUAAUAAUGAAAACAUUACCAAUAUACGGGAAUUGUAACCAAUGCUUAAGAGCUUUCAUAGCAAGUUAAAGGAGAGACUUCAUGAUGAAAAAAAUGAGAAUUAUAAAUUAAUGAGAGAAAUUGAAGGGUUGAAUAGAGAUAAAUUAUAAAUUCAGUAGAUAUUAUACCUAAACAUUAAUUUAGAUAAUCCAUUCUAUUUUCACAUAAAAGAAUUAUGGAAUUAGAAAAAUUGGUUGGCAUUCAGCAUAAAACGGAUUCCCUAUUUGCUUAAAAGAUUGAGGAAGAAGAUGCAAACGAAAACGAAAACGAAGAUGAACUAGAUAACUCUCAAAAGGAUCAAGACUCUCAAAUGUCUGAGUCAUAUGACUGA